AUGAUUAGCCUUGUUUGGCUAGCCUCUAUCAUCGUUAAUUUAUUUAUGUUAUUUAUGUAUGAAGAAAGAAAAUUUAAUACAAAUGGCCUUAACUGUUCCCCAAAAUUUAAACCUCUAGUUCAUUUUAGCUAUCAGAUUUACAUGACUGUCAUGCUUCUAGUUAUUCCGUUGGUUGCCAUGACUGUUCUAUAUGGCAGCGUUAUUCGCACUCUUAGCUCAGGGAUUUUUGUCGAUCUUGCUUCUAAAGAAGUUGUUGACAAAGCCGAUAAUCUCGAAAAUCGGCAACAGAAUCUUUCAAACAGUAAAUGGUACAAGAGGCCUAGCCUAGAAGGAGGCUGCUCAAAAGGCAGCAGACUAUCUCUAGUGGCAAUGAUAAAAAAUGAAUUAAAACUAGGCUUAAGAGAACCAACAAUAGCUACCUCAUGUUUGCGUCAAAAGAGAACAAGUAAUGGCCAAGUUGUGGAAGUCAAUCUAAGAUCUACCCAAGCUGAAAAAAGUGCAAUUGCUAAAAAGAGGUGA